CGAAAUCCGAUUGGUCGAUUAGCUGAUGCGUUUCGAGUGACGUGAGGUGGCGUGAUUAUCGUCUGCUUAACGUCUGAUGUGCAGAGUAGAUUCAGACUCCUCAUCGUUGACAUCAGAUAAAUUCCAUCUGGUAAAUAAUGUCUGCAAAAGCUAUCAGAGAAGCCACCGGUAAAGGAUUACUUAAUAAAUUUUUAAAUACCGGAAUAGCGGUAAAGAGUCAGUUUGCUACCGUUACUGAAGAUACUCAAUGGAAUGAUUUAGUAGCGAGUAACCCUUGGCUAGAAUCAGAGCGACUGGUGGUGAAACCGGAUCAGCUUAUCAAAAGGAGAGGAAAAUUAGGCCUGAUACGUGUUAAUGCAAACAUCAAUGAAGUAAAAUCAUGGGCUAAUGAAAGACUUGGAAAAGAUAUUCAGGUCGGACGAGCAACCGGUAAAAUUCGCAAUCUCAUAAUAGAGCCAUUUGUCCCGCAUUCUGAGGAAGAGGAAUCAUAUAUAUGUAUUUAUUCACAUAGAUUUGGUGAUACAAUAUUGUUUCAUCACAGAGGGGGUGUCGAUAUUGGUGAUGUUGAUUCAAAGGCACUUCGCCUUGACGUUCCAAUUGAUAUUAAACCAACCAUAGAAGAAAUCAGAGGAAAACUUCUGAAAAAUUUAUCUGCUGACAAGCAAAAUUAUGUUGCACAGUUUAUUGUUGCAUUAUAUGAAGUAUAUGUUGAUUUAUAUUUCACUUACUUAGAAAUUAAUCCAUUAGUAAUAAGCAAUGGAAAAAUUUACAUAUUGGACUUGGCAGCUAAGUUGGAUGCUACUGCAGAAUUUGUUUGCAAACAAAAAUGGGGAGAGAUUGAAUUUCCUCCUCCGUUUGGUCGUGAUGCUUUUCCUGAGGAGGCAUACAUAGCUGACUUGGAUGCAAAAAGUGGUGCUUCUCUAAAAUUGACUAUUCUCAAUAAACAUGGACGAAUUUGGACCAUGGUUGCCGGAGGUGGUGCUUCUGUUAUAUACAGCGAUACAAUUUGUGAAUUGGGGGGUGCUUCAGAACUUGCAAAUUACGGAGAAUAUUCUGGUGCUCCAACUGAACAGCAAACUUACGAAUAUGCCAAAACUAUUCUUAGUUUAAUGACUAAUGAGAAGCAUCCUGAAGGGAAAAUACUUCUGAUAGGAGGUGGAAUAGCAAACUUUACAAAUGUUGCAGCUACAUUUAAAGGAAUAGUUAAAGCACUACAGGAAUUUCAAAGCAAACUAGUAGAACAUAAUGUUUCCAUAUUUGUAAGAAGGGCAGGUCCUAAUUAUCAAGAAGGAUUACGCGUUAUGCGAGAAGUGGGAAGCACAUUAGGUGUUCCCAUUCAUGUAUUUGGACCCGAAACUCACAUGACUGCUAUAGUUGCUAUGGCAAUGGGUAAACGAGCUGUACCCGAAAUGCCCCAGCCAAAUCUUACAACAGCUAAUUUCUUACUUCCCGGAGGAAUGCAAUCAUCAGCACCUCCAAACAAAAUGGCUCGAACAGACAGUUUGAAUGGCCCCAAUUCUGUUUCCGUUAAUGAUGUAGAUCAUAAACCAUUAUAUAAAUCUAAAACUAAAGCUAUAGUGUGGGGAAUGCAAGUUAGAGCAGUCCAGAGUAUGUUAGACUUCGAUUUUGUUUGUUCACGAAAAGAAGGCUCCGUCAUUGCAAUUGUUUAUCCUUUUACUGGAGAUCACAAACAAAAAUUUUAUUGGGGACAUAAAGAAAUACUUAUUCCAGUGUAUAAAAACAUGGCAGAUGCCAUGAAAAAGCAUCCCGAAGCAGAUGUCAUGAUAAAUUUUGCAUCCUUACGUUCGGCAUACGAAAGCACGUUAGAUACUCUUAAAUAUCCUCAGAUUCGAUCGAUUGCCAUUAUUGCUGAGGGAAUCCCAGAGAACAUGACUAGAAAAAUGAUUAAAGAAGCCAACCAGAAGGGAGUCACCAUUAUUGGUCCAGCUACGGUGGGAGGUAUUAAACCCGGCUGUUUCAAAAUAGGAAAUACAGGCGGAAUGAUGGAUAAUAUAUUAGCAUCAAAAUUAUAUAGGCCAGGCAGUGUUGCGUAUGUAUCACGAUCUGGUGGGAUGUCUAAUGAACUUAACAAUAUCAUUUCUCGUGCAACGAACGGAGUCUAUGAAGGAGUGGCUAUUGGUGGUGAUAGAUACCCUGGAACAACAUUUAUGGAUCAUCUUUUGAGGUAUGAAAAGGAACCUGAUGUGAAAAUGUUGGUGCUCUUAGGAGAGGUCGGAGGAAUCGAAGAAUAUGAAGUUUGUGAUGCCAUAAAAGAUGGCAGACUAUCAAAACCUUUAGUCUCCUGGUGUAUUGGUACUUGCGCGGGAAUGUUUUCAUCCGAAGUACAGUUUGGCCAUGCUGGAGCCUGUGCCAACAGUGAUAGGGAAACUGCAGUAGCAAAGAACAAGGCAUUAGCAGAAGUGGGUGCUUUUGUCCCAGCAACAUUCGACGCUCUAGGUGAAACAAUAAAGAAAGUUUAUGAUGAUUUAGUAACCAAAGAAGUUAUUAUUCCUCAACCAGAAGUACCCCCUCCAACAGUCCCAAUGGAUUACAGUUGGGCUAGAGAACUGGGAUUAAUCAGAAAACCUGCCUCAUUUAUGUCAACUAUCAGUGAUGACAGAGGUCAAGAAUUAUUGUAUGCUGGUAUACCAAUUACACAAGUAAUUAAAGAAGAAUUGGGAAUUGGUGGCGUUCUUAGUCUUUUAUGGUGCCAAAGACGUCUGCCGGCUUAUGCUUGUAAAUUUCUGGAGAUGAUACUUAUGGUAACUGCUGAUCACGGACCAGCAGUCUCCGGGGCUCACAACACAAUAGUAUGUGCAAGAGCCGGAAAAGAUCUCGUUUCGUCCCUAGUGUCUGGUCUCCUUACAAUUGGAGAUCGUUUUGGUGGUGCACUCGAUGCUGCUGCCAAACAGUUUAGCGAAGCAUAUGAUAAUGGAAUGAUUCCUAUGGAGUUUGUAAACACAACAAGAAAGAAGGGACAACUAAUCAUGGGAAUAGGACACAGAGUGAAAUCUAUAAAUAAUCCCGACAUGAGGGUCCAAAUAUUAAAGGACUAUGUUAAAAGGCACUUUCCUGCAACUCCCGUUUUAGAUUAUGCACUGCAAGUUGAAAAAAUCACAACAUCAAAGAAACCAAAUUUGAUUCUCAAUGUAGACGGGUUUAUAGGAACAUCAAUUGUCGAUCUUCUCCGUUACAGUGGGUGCUUCACGCAGGAAGAAGCUCAAGAAUACAUUGACAUAGGAGCACUGAAUGGUUUAUUUGUAUUAGGCCGCACAAUUGGAUUCAUUGGUGAGAUCAUUUGAGUUUCAAUUUAUUAAUAAGAUUUUAUUAUUAAUU